AUGGGUAUCGACUUGGAUCGCCACCAUGUGCGCGGCACCCACCGCAAGGCGCCCAAGAGCGAGAACGUUUACUUGCAGGUCUUGGUGAAGCUCUAUCGAUUCCUCGCCCGUCGCACGGAAUCAAACUUCAACAAGGUCGUGCUCCGUCGCCUUUUCAUGUCCCGGAUCAACCGCCCCCCGGUUUCUAUCUCGCGUAUUGUCUCCAACGUUACCGACUCCCACAAGGGCAAGACAAUUGUCGUGAUCGGAACCGUGACCGACGACAACCGCCUCCUCACCGUCCCCAAGCUCUCGAUUGCCGCUCUCCGCUUUACUGCCACUGCUCGCGCCAGGAUUGAGAAGGCUGGUGGCGAAACUCUUACUCUCGAUCAGCUUGCUCUGCGCGCCCCCACUGGAGCCAACACUCUUCUGCUUCGCGGACCCAAGAAUGCCAGAGAGGCUGUCAAACACUUCGGCUUCGGCCCCCACAGCCACAAGAAACCAUAUGUGCGCAGCAAGGGUCGCAAAUUUGAGCGUGCUCGUGGUCGGAGAAGGUCUCGUGGAUUCAAGGUUUAA